AUGAACCCUAGAGCCAUCAUCGCCACCUAUUCACUUGAAAACCUUUAUCGUCUCAGAUCCACACCAUUGUCUCAAUCUACGAUGUUGCUUCAGAUCUACACGAUCAUUAUCACCAACUAUGUAGAUCGUGUCAAGUCAUUUAACAUGUUGGUUGUGUCCGGUGGAGUGAGGAUGCGUCUCCUUCUCCCCCAUUUCAUUCGCAGUGACCAUCUCUUUCUCAUCUUUUGCACUUUUUUCUCCUCCGCUAGAGUGUCAACAAUGGCUUCUUCAUCGCUCAAGCGUUGGGUUAGACCCGAGGUUUAUCCUCUGGCAGCAGCCAUGGCAGUCGCUCUCGGAAUCUGCGGAAUGCAAUUGAUUCGCAAUAUUAGCGGCAACCCUGAAGUCAGAGUGACUAAGGAAAACAGAGCUGCUGGUAUAUUGGAUAACUUUGUGGAAGGUGAAAAAUAUGCAGAGCAUAGAUUGAGGAAGUUUGUUCGCAACAAGUCUCCUGAGAUCAUGCCAUCUGUCAAUUCUUUCUUCACAGAUCCAAAAUGAAAAGCAAACUUAAUGUUGUGUGUCGCAUUGCAAGUCUUUGAUUUUGGAUUUGUUGUUAUGAUUUAUAAUCAAGGAAAAUGUUUUGAACCUUAAUGGAAUUGUUGGUCUGAUUUAUUUUUCUCUAAAUAAUACAAACUCU